AUGGAGGUCCAUGUUAUGUUAAAAUUUUGUGUGUCCAUUUUUUUGGUUGGUGUUGUGGGAGUGUUUGUGCUUGUGUAUAAGGCUCUGGUGAUGGAGCCGGAGAGGGUUCGAUCCAUUUUGAGACAGCAGGGAAUAGGUGGACCGCCACAAACUUUACUUCUUGGUAAUUCCUUGGAGUUCAGAAAGCGGCAAUCCCCGACUGCAGCCAAGUCGACCAGUGAAACCACACUCGACCACAAUUGGAUUGCCAGUGUCUUUCCCUUUUUCGAGAAGUGGAGAAAGCAAUAUGGUAACUUGUUCGUAUUUUCACUUGGUAGCACACAAAUAUUAUAUGUGAACCAAGCUGAUUUGGUGAAAGAGAUAACUACCUACACAUCUUUCGACUUGGGGAAGCCUACAUAUCACAGCAAAGAGUUCGGUCCAUUGUUUGGUGACGGCAUUCUAGCUUCAAAUGGACCAACCUGGGCUCAUCGCCGGAAAAUCCUUGCUCCCGAAUUAUACAUGGACAAGGUCAAGGGAAUGAUAAACCUAAUCUUGGAAUCCACUGAUAUACUAAUUGAUGCGUGGAAGAGUAUAAUUGAUCAGAGUGAGGGUGGAACAUCGGACAUACAUAUAGACGAGUUUAUGAGAAGUUUCUCCGGAAAUGUAAUCUCCAGAGCUUGUUUUGGAAGCAAUUACCUCAAGGGGAAAGAGAUUUUCGUUAGGCUUGAAACUCUCCAAGAAGCUAUCUCAAAAAAAAUUAUGUCUAUCGGGGUGCCUGGUUCAAGAUAUUUUCCUACUAAAGCCAAUAGGGAAGUAUGGGCAUUAGAAAAGGAGAUCCAUGUAUUGAUCCUAAAGGUGGUGAAGGAGAGAAAGGAAAGUGGGUAUGAGAAGGACCUGUUGCAAAUGGUGCUUGAAGGUGCUGAAAAUAGCGAGCUUAGCCAAGAUGAAAUGGACCAAUUCAUAGUCGAUAACUGCAAAAACAUCUACUUGGCCGCGAAUGACGCUGUUGCAGUUGGUGCUUCAUGGUGCCUCAUGUUAUUGGCUUCAAACACAGAAUGGCAAACUCGUGUACGUUGCGAAGUUCUUCAAGUUUGUGGAGGCCAAAUUCCAAAUAUGGAUAUGCUUCCCAAAAUGAAACAGCUAACAAUGGUGAUUCAAGAAACGUUGCGCCUGUAUCCGGCUGCACCAACACUUUCUAGGGAGGCCAUGAAGGACAUAAAGAUUGGAGGCAUUAACAUACCAAAGGGUGUCAACCUCUGGACCAUGGUGGGCACGGUGCACACUGACCCUGAAAUAUGGGGACCAGAUGUGCUCCACUUCAAUCCUGAGAGGUUUGCGAAUGGGAUCUCCGGUGCUUGCAAGAUUCCACACUCAUACUUGCCGUUUGGAUUUGGGCCACGACUGUGUGUUGGACAAAACUUGGCCAUGGCUGAACUUAAGAUACUGGUUGCUCUAAUUCUCUCCAACUUUUCUAUAUCUCUCUCUCCCAAGUAUGUGCACUCACCGGUUCAAAUGUUGGUCAUAAAACCUGAAUAUGGGGUUGAUCUCUUGGUGAAGAAGGUUUGA